GAGGCACUUCUUUUGUCGCUCCAAUUGCUUCAACCACGACGACGGUUUAAGGCUUCGACGAUUGCCUACGCCAUCAAUUCCGAAAAUGCUCUCCCGAUCGUCCCUCGCAAGAAACGCGCAGCAGGCGUUGAGGCGCUCCGCCGCCUCCAGCUUGACCCAGCAGCGCGGUUUUGCUGCUGCUGCUUCAAGCGGUGCCUUCCAGACUGCCGACUCCAAUGGCUUGAAGAUUGCAUCUCGCGAUGCUCAUGGCCCUACUACCACACUGGCUGUCGUUGCCAAGGCCGGUACUCGUUACCAGCCUCUCCCCGGCCUGACCGUCGGUCUCGAGGGAUUCGCCUUCAAGACCACCCAGCGACGAUCUGCCCUCCGAAUUGCUCGCGAGUCUGAGCUCCUUGGUGGCCAAUUGACCGCCUCGCACACCCGCGAAGGCCUCGUCGUCCAGGCUAGCUUCCUCCGCUCCGACCUCCCCUACUUCGCUGAGCUCCUUGCCGAGGUCGUCACCAUGACCAAGUACACCACUCACGAGUUCCACGAGGAGAUUGAGCGUGUCCUUCGCCUUAAGCAGGCUUCUCUGAACUCCGACGUUGCCGCCAUCGCCCUCGACAACGCUCACUCCGUUGCCUUCCACUCCGGCCUUGGCUCCUCCAUCUACCCUUCGGCGUCGACCCCCUACCAGAAGUACCUCAACGAGGAGUACAUCGCCAGCUAUGCCGACGUUGUUUACACCCAGCCUAACGUCGCUCUGGUUGCUGACGGCGCCUCUGCGGAAUCUCUCUCUCGCUGGGCUGGUCAGUUCUUCAAGGGCCUUCCUGCUGCUGCCCAGAGCGGCCAAAGCCUAAAGACUGAGACUACCAAGUACUUUGGUGGCGAGCAGCGCACCAGCCACGCCGCUGGCAACUCCAUGGUCAUUGCUUUCCCUGGCUCUGACAUUGCCGGCUCCAAGCCCGAGCUUGACGUUCUUGCUUCUCUUCUUGGUGGCAAGUCGACCAUCAAGUGGGCUCCCGGCUACAGCCUUCUCUCCAAGGCCACCGCAUCCCUAUCUGGCCUCUCUGUUUCUGCCUCUAACUUGGCCUACUCUGAUGCUGGUCUCCUUAACAUCCAGCUCACCGGUAACGCCGCCUCUGUCCGCAAGGCUGCCGAGGAGACUGUCAAGGCUCUUAAGAGUGUUGCUGAUGGCUCCGUGAGCAAGGAUGACGUUACCAAGGCCAUUGCCAAUGCCAAGUUCGAUGCGCUUGAGAAGGGUCAGCUCCGCAACGAGAGCAUCCACCUCGCCGGCGUCGGUAUCCUCAACGGCGGCCAGCCUCUCGAUGCCGCUGCUGUCACUAAGUCUUUUGACUCUGUCACCGCUGAUAAGCUCAAGGCUGCUGCCAAGACUCUUCUUGAGAGCAAGGCCACCGUUACUACCGUUGGUGACCUCUUCAUUCUGCCAUACGCCGAGGAAAUUGGCCUGCGAGCAUAA